AAAUAAAUCCUACUGCAAUUUAGAGGAUAUAUAUAUAUUUUUUGAACAGGUACAAAUUUGGGGAGAGGGGAUUUGAACGCAGCACCUAAGGCUGGGGGUACACCUUCUUAAGGCUUAUAGCCAGUUGGCCUUCUAGGCCAGGUGCACAAUUUAGAGGAUAUUGAAUAAGGAGAACACGAGUGUUUGUGUUUCUUUGAGAGAAAAUGCAGAAUCAGGAGGGGCCUGUAGCUGAUGGAGAAAAAGAGUCUAGUGAAUCUCUUCAAGCUCUUCCACCAAAUGAAUUUGAGAUUGAGGAUUGGGCAAACUUUGUGGAUGACGAUGUUAUGCAGCAGCAAUCUGCAAUUCAUGCUGAGGAAGCAAAGAAAGUUCCAUUCGUUGGUGACAAGGAACCUCUCUCAAUGUUGGCAGCUGGAUAUGAAUCUGGCAGCCCUAUUUUAUUAGAAAAAAUAAAGGUGCUUGGUCAACAAUAUGCUGCAAUUAGGCGAACACGAGGAGAUGGAAAUUGCUUUUUCCGAAGCUUUAUGUUUUCAUACCUAGAGCAUAUUUUGGAAUCACAAGAUCAAGCUGAAGUUGACCGUAUCAAAGGAAAUAUUGAAGAAUGUAGAAAAAUGCUCCAGACUUUAGGCUAUGCAGACUUUACCUUUGAGGACUUCUUUGUGUUAUUCCUUGAGCAGCUGGAAAGUGUUAUUCCAGGAAAUGAAACUUCUAUAAGUCACGAUGAAUUGAUAAUUCAGAGCCAAGAUCAGUCAGUAUCCGACUAUGUUGUAAUGUUUUUCAGAUUCGUGACCUCUGCUGAAAUACAAAAGCGUGCAGAGUUUUUUGAACCCUUUGUUUUGGGAUUGACAAAUGCAUCGGUGGAACAGUUUUGCAAGUCAUCAGUAGAGCCAAUGGGUGAAGAGAGUGAUCAUGUCCACAUAACUGCCCUUUCAGAUGCCUUAGGUGUGCCAAUCCGUGUUGUAUACCUUGAUCGCAGCUCAUGUGAUUCAGGCACUGGCAGUGUCAGUGUGAACCAUCAUGACUUUAUUCCUACUUCUGUCGCUAAUCCAGGUGCUAAAGGUGAUACAACUGAGGCUAUCAAACCUUUUAUCAUGUUGCUAUAUCGUCCUGGUCACUAUGACAUUCUCUACCCAAAAUGAUGCAUGCUCUCACUUGUUCUGGAUGUUCAUGAUAUCCUGAUCGAAAUAAAUCAGGGCCUCACUGGUAAAAGUAACUUGGAAGGGAGGGAUACCCUGUGUGGUAACAUAACGGCCUGUGCGUUCAUUGUUUGCGCUGUAAACUGUGGUUCUAAACUUUUUUCGUUUUUUCUUUCUGAUUUGGUUCUCACAAAAACUGCAUGGGUAGAGACAACCGCGAGGGUGACUGAGGACCUGGGAAAAUUGUAGCUCUAUAGCCUUUCAGGAUUGCAUCGCAUGUGGAAUGGCAAUUAUUGAUAAAAGGAAUUUUUUGUUUUUUUUUUUUAUCAACUUGAGGAAAGGAAUGUUGAUUUGUUAUUAAGAUUGAAAUGAGCUUUUCUCUUGCAUCCUUAUUGGUUCUAUG